AUGGGGAUCCGAAGCCUGAUUUGCGGCUUGCUCUAUCUGACGGGAGUAGGGUCGGCAACUCCCACACAGAAAAGAGCUGAUACAGUGGAUGGAUACUAUGUCACUCCUUAUUAUCCUGCCCCCUUCGGCGGUUGGGUAGGCGAGUGGGCAAAGAGCUACGACAAGGCCAAGAAGCUCGUCGACUCAAUGACUCUGGCUGAGAAGACAAACAUCACCGCCGGAAGUGGCUUAUUCAUGGGACCCUGCAAUGGAAACACAGGUUCUGCUGAUCGAGUUGGGUUUCCUCAACUCUGUCUCAACGAUGCCGCCAACGGCAUCCGCCUUACUGACAAUGUAACCGUAUUCCCCGACGGGAUAACUGCUGGUGCAACCUUUGACAAGAAGUUGCUGUACGAGCGUGGUGCCGCCAUCGGGAAGGAAGCUCGCGGGAAAGGCGUCAACAUCUGGCUAGGUCCCUCAGUCGGCCCUAUCGGCCGGAAGCCGAAAGGUGGUCGGAACUGGGAAGGUUUUGGAGCAGAUCCCGCGCUGCAGGCUAUUGGUGCCCGUGAGACGAUCAAGGGUGUCCAAGGACAAGGUGUAAUUGCUACUAUCAAGCACCUCAUCGGAAACGAGCAGGAGAUGUAUCGUCGGCAGACGACCGAUUUCGUCUCUCCGGCAUACUCGGCAAACAUUGAUGAUCGAACACUUCAUGAAGUUUAUCUUUGGCCUUUUGCUGAGGCUGUCCGCGCGGGCGUCGGCGCUGCAAUGACAGCAUACAAUCGAGUCAACGGCACCAUAUCCAGCGAGCACUCGUACCUGAUCAAUGCCCUUCUGAAAGAUGAACUGGGCUUUCAAGGCUUCGUCAUGACCGACUGGCUGUCCCAAAUUACCGGCGUCCACUCAGCACUCGCAGGCAUGGACAUGAGCAUGCCCGGCGAUCCCAUAAUUCCCCUGCUCGGGAACUCUUUAUGGAUGUACGAGCUCACCCGGGCGACCCUCAAUGGUUCAGUUCCCAUGAGCAGACUAAACGACAUGGCGACUCGCAUCGUCGCAGCCUGGUAUCAGUUUGGACAAGACGACGGUUUUCCAAAGGUCAACUUUGAUACCAACACAAAGGCUGCUGUUGGUCCGCUCUAUCCUGGCGCUUGGCCAAACUCCCCCAGCGGGGUGGUCAAUCGAUAUGUCCAAGUUCAGGAAGACCAUGACGUGAUCGCAAGGGAGAUUGCCCAGGACGCCAUCACCCUUCUCAAGAACGAGGAUAAGCUGCUGCCUCUCUCUACCAGCAGCCCAUUGAAGAUCUUUGGCACCGGAGCUCAGGCUAACCCCGAUGGCCCGAACGCCUGUGUCGACCGCAGCUGUAACAAGGGCACAUUGGGUCAAGGUUGGGGAUCCGGCACCGUCGAUUACAUGUAUCUUGACGACCCCAUUGGUGCAAUCAAGGAGGAAGCCAAGGAUGUCACCUUUUAUAACACUGAUAAGUUCCCGUCGGUCCCAAAUCCUACCGACAAGGAUGUCGCCGUCGUCUUCAUCACAUCUGAUUCCGGCGAGAACCAAUACGAGGUUGAAGGAAACCAUGGCGACCGGGAUGCGUCACGUCUGAAUCCAUGGCACGGCGGAAACGACCUCGUCAAGGCUGCGGCAGCCAAGUACAAGAACGUUGUCGUCGUGGCACACACCGUUGGUCCCCUGGCCCUUGAGGAAUGGAUCGAUCUUCCAUCCGUCAAGUCGGUUCUUCUUGCACAUCUGCCAGGCCAGGAAGCAGGAAAGUCUCUUACCAACGUUCUGUUUGGACAUGUCUCCCCGAGUGGACACUUGCCAUAUAGCAUCACUUAUGCCGAAGACGACAUGCCAGCCAGCGUCGUGAAGCUGAUCGACUCUGGCUUCAGGGACCCACCACAGGAUACUUAUUCGGAGGGUCUAUACAUUGACUAUCGUUGGCUUAACAAGGAAAAGAUUCGUCCUCGUUAUGCCUUUGGCCACGGACUCAGCUACACCAGCUUCUCAUACACCAAAGCCACCAUUGACAAGGUCACUCAACUAUCCAAGUACCCGCCAGUCCGUCCUGCAAAAGGAAAGAUGUUGGACUACUUACAAGAUAUCCCCGACUACCGAGAAGCUAUUAAGCCAAGUAGUUUCAAAACCGUCUGGCGCUACCUCUACUCUUGGCUUUCCGAGUCAGACGCCAAAAAGGCAGCCGAGAGAGCCACGACAACCAAGUUCAACUACCCCGACGGCUACACGGACGUGCAAAAGACUGCAACUCCCCGUUCAGGCGGCGCUGAAGGCGGUAACCCUGCUCUCUGGGAUGAAGCAUACCGCCUCUCCGUCGUCGUCACCAAUGAGGGUUCAGACUUUGCUGGCAAGGCAUCACUGCAGGCCUAUGUCCAAUUCCCGAAUGGAAUUUCGUAUGAUACGCCUGUCAUUCAGCUACGUGACUUUGAGAAGACGAGAGAGCUUGCACCGGGGGAGAGCGAAAAGUUGGAGGUUGUGCUGACGAGGAAGGACGUGAGUGUUUGGGAUGCCGAGACCCAGGACUGGGUUACACCCGAGGUCGAUGGAGGAUAUAAAAUCUGGCUAGGAGGUUCAAGCGAUAAAUUAGGGGUUGUUUGCUUCGCGGAUAAAUUAACUUGCGAGGAGAGCGCUAAUGGGCCUUUGUCUUAUAAGGACUGA